AUGUCUUCCCACAAAGGAUCCGUGGUAGCACAGGGCAAUGGGGCACCUGCCAGCAACAGGGAAACUGACACGGUGGAACUGGCUGAACUGGGACCCUUGCUAGAAGAGAAGGGCAAACGGGCAAUCGCCAAUCCAACCAAAACUGAAGAAGAGCAAACAUGUCCAGUGCCCCAAGAAGAAGAGGAGGAGGUGCGGGUCCUGACGCUUCCCCUGCAAGCCCAUCACGCCAUGGAGAAGAUGGAGGAAUUUGUUUAUAAGGUUUGGGAGGGACGUUGGAGAGUCAUCCCAUAUGAUGUGCUCCCUGACUGGCUCAAAGACAAUGACUACCUGCUACAUGGCCAUAGACCACCCAUGCCCUCUUUUAGAGCUUGCUUCAAGAGCAUCUUCCGCAUCCAUACAGAAACUGGCAACAUCUGGACCCAUCUGCUUGGUUUUGUGCUGUUUCUCUUUUUGGGAAUCUUGACCAUGCUCAGACCAAAUAUGUAUUUCAUGGCCCCUCUACAGGAGAAGGUGGUUUUUGGGAUGUUCUUUCUGGGUGCAGUGCUAUGCCUCAGCUUCUCCUGGCUCUUCCACACCGUCUAUUGUCAUUCAGAGAAAGUCUCUCGGACUUUUUCCAAGCUGGACUAUUCAGGGAUUGCUCUACUGAUCAUGGGGAGCUUUGUCCCCUGGCUCUAUUACUCCUUCUACUGCUCCCCACAGCCACGGCUCAUCUACCUCUCCAUUGUCUGUGUCCUGGGCAUUUCUGCCAUCAUUGUGGCACAGUGGGACCGGUUUGCCACUCCCAAGCAUCGGCAGACAAGAGCAGGAGUAUUCCUGGGACUUGGCUUGAGUGGGGUUGUGCCCACCAUGCACUUCACUAUCGCCGAGGGCUUUGUCAAGGCCACCACUGUGGGCCAGAUGGGCUGGUUCUUCCUCAUGGCUGUGAUGUACAUCACCGGAGCUGGCUUGUAUGCUGCUCGAAUUCCUGAGCGCUUCUUUCCUGGAAAGUUUGAUAUAUGGUUCCAGUCUCAUCAGAUUUUUCAUGUCCUGGUGGUGGCGGCAGCCUUUGUACACUUCUAUGGGGUCUCCAACCUUCAAGAAUUCCGUUAUGGCCUAGAAGGUGGCUGUACUGAUGACUCCCUUCUCUAA